UUAUCCUGUUUUUGUUGACACAACUAAUCGCUCUACUACUAACCAUUUGACAAUCGCAAUUGACCCUUGACGCAUUUAUAACCGCGAGUAAUAACACAACCUUGCAGACUAAAAUAACUUAAAAGAUAAGAAAACUAUGAUUAAACAUUUAACACCAACAAUCAAAUUCUGUGGGAAAAUACCUGAAAUUUUGGAAUGAUUUGAAACUAAACAUCACAACUAUACAAUAUCCAAAAUUAUAAAUAGCAAGUUCAAGUGUAUGUAUCAAAAGAACCUAACAAUCCCAGCAGCCAUAAUUGAAAUAAUCCAACCAUAUAAUUGGUUGAUAACAGAAAGCUGUUUUGCGAUUGUUAUUGUUUUAAACCGUAUACUAUACUAUACUAUACUACAUACAAUUGAUUAUGAUUAUUGAGGCUUGAUGAUACGCCAAAGCUCAGUGGGUACUGAAAUUGCCUGUAGAACGGACCGAGCGGAGAAUUUUGCGCCGAAAUGUGGAUCGCUCUGCUGGGGACCCCAAUUUUGUUGGCGGCCCUGGCGCUUCUUUUAAAACAUAUUAACAAAACCUACUUUAUACUUUCAUUGACGAAACGAGUGCGAACCGAGGAUGGCAGCCCAUUGGAGAGCAAAGUGGCCCUAAUGCCGGGAAAAACGCGAUUUGGCAAUAACUUGGAUAUUCUCAACUUUACGCCGGCUAGUGUUUUUAAUUUUGUGCGAGAAUCGACAGCCAAGGCAAAGGGUCAGAAUUAUCUGUGGUAUUUUCUAUAUGCACCCAUGUAUAAUGUGGUUCGGGCCGAGGAAGCUGAGGAGAUAUUCCAGAGCACCAAGCUGAUAACCAAGAACGUGGUUUACGAACUGAUAAGACCGUUUUUGGGAGACGGACUGCUGAUAAGCACGGAUCACAAAUGGCACUCCAGACGCAAGGCUUUAACGCCGGCCUUUCACUUCAAUGUCCUGCAGUCGUUCUUGGGUAUUUUCAAGGAAGAGUGCAAGAAAUUCCUAAACGUCUUGGAGAAAAACUUAGACGCUGAACUGGAACUUAACCAGGUUAUUCCGCCAUUCACUUUGAAUAAUAUAUGCGAAACUGCUCUGGGAGUGAAGCUGGAUGACAUGUCGGAGGGCAACGAGUAUAGAAAGGCCAUUCAUGCCAUCGAGGAAGUUCUCAUUCAACGCGUGUGCAAUCCGCUGAUGUACUACAACUGGUAUUUCUUCCUCUACGGAGACUACAGAAAGCAUGUGCAGAAACUUCGGAUAGUUCACGACUUCUCAAGCCGCAUUAUCGAACGAAAAAGGCAGCAAUUCCGGCAGAAACAACUUGGAGAAGUCGAUGAAUUUGGCAGGAAGCAGCGAUACGCCAUGCUGGAUACCCUGUUAGCAGCCGAAGCAGAGGGACAGAUCGAUCAUCAGGGUAUCUGCGAUGAGGUCAAUACCUUCAUGUUCGAGGGCUACGAUACCACCUCUACGUGUCUAAUAUUCACCCUCCUCAUGCUGGCCCUCCACGAGGAUGUCCAGAAGAAGUGCUACGAGGAGGUGGAAAGUCUUCCCGAGGACAGCGACGACGUCAGUGUGUUUCAGUUCAACGAACUAGUCUACUUGGAGUGUGUGAUCAAGGAAUCGCUGAGAAUGUUUCCAUCAGUGCCAUUUAUUGGGCGCCAAUGUGUGGAGGAGACUGUGGUGAAUGGAAUGGUGAUGCCAAAGGACACACAGAUCAGCAUCCACAUAUACGACAUCAUGAGGGAUCCGCGACAUUUCCCGAAACCAAAUCAGUUUCAGCCCGAGCGUUUUCUUCCAGAAAACACUGUGAAUCGCCAUCCCUUUGCCUUCGUGCCCUUCAGUGCUGGCCAGAGGAAUUGCAUUGGCCAGAAGUUUGCCAUUCUGGAGAUGAAGGUGCUCCUGGCCGCUGUGGUCAGGAACUUUAGGCUCCUGCCCGCCACUCAGCUGGAGGAUCUCACUUUCGAGAACGGAAUUGUACUGCGCACUCAGCAGAAUAUCAAAGUAAAGUUAACGAAAAGGGUCACAUGAAGAAUAUUUCUUAUUGUAAUUUUAGCGAAAACCAAAAAUCAUUUAUUUGUAAUAUGUAAUAUAUAGAGACAAAUAAACCAGUAAUACUGUUACCGAUUCAAAAGAA